AGAAGAAACAUCAUCACUGGUUGUACCAAAACUGCAAACAUAGACGAUCUUCGUCAGGGAACGUGUGUGCGUGGCUGCGGAAGACGUGACGUAGCAAACCGCUAGCUUCGUCUUCACCGCUGCGUCUGUUAGUAUCAACAGUUUAGUUUAAAUCUGUGUGUUUGACUCGUCGGGAGCUUCGUGAGAGAAGAUUCCUCCUCCUGCUGCCGCCACAAUGAUUUCACUCACGGACUCACAAAAAAUCGGCAUGGGGCUGACAGGCUUCGGCGUCUUCUUCCUCUUCUUCGGGAUGAUGCUGUUUUUUGAUAAAGCUCUCCUCGCCAUUGGAAACAUUCUGUUCGUCUCGGGUUUGUCCUUCGUCAUCGGCUUGGAGCGGACGUUCAGAUUCUUCUUCCAGAGACAUAAAGCAAAAGCCACCAGCUUCUUCCUGGGAGGAGUGUUUGUGGUUCUGAUUGGCUGGCCGAUCAUAGGAGUUGUUCUGGAGAUCUACGGUUUCUUCCUCUUAUUCAGAGGAUUCUUCCCGGUGGCUGUAGGCUUCAUCAGACGAGUACCUGUGCUCGGGUCUUUACUCAGCUUACCGGGGAUCAGUACCCUGGUGGAUAAAAUUGGCGAGAGCAACAACAUGGUAUAACAGCCGGCUGUUUUUGUAUGAGAGGAGGAUUUCAGUAUUUAUCAAAGCUUCUUAAUACUGACUGUAUCUUUUGGUCAUUGCCACUCCAGAACUGUGAAUACAAACUUUUUUUUUUUUUUCUGCACAUAAGACACAAUCUGUGGACAUCAGUUUUGUGUCUGACUUCCACUGGACAACGUCACCACAGAACUUUUUAUUUUAAAGGCUUGAGUCUCCCUUUUCGUAUCAUUCCCGUCUGAUAUUUAUGGACUAAUAAUAACUUGGGACCACUGGAUCAACUCAGCCAAGCAGCAGGAGCCCUUUAUACAGCAUCCAGUCCUCCAGAUUGUGUGCCUGAACAGUCACUGAGAGCUUUUUUUUUUUUUUGGGUUCCUCUAUGAAGUGUUACUGGGGUUUUGUACAUGGAAAAUAAAUAAGGUUGAGCUAAAUGUUACGUGGGCAAAGAAACCUGAACUGUUGUGGGAAAACGAGGCUUACUGAGCUCGUGAUGGAAAUACGUUACUGUAACUUUUGUAAGUACAUACUUGAAAUAAAGUGUGUCUUUUAUAAA